CCCGCGCGCGUCCACCAGCAGAUACGCGCGUCUCGACGGCCGGCGUCUCAGUGUCGUCGCGACGACCGACGUCGUACUCGCGCUCCGUCCUCGUAUUUUCGUAAACGCGUCGUCUCGCGGUAUCAUUUCGAUUCGUGCGGGUGAAGAUAUCGAGGAGUCGUCUAAAAAAUAUUACUCGUCCGUCGACAUAUGUACUUAGAUACAUAUCAUUGGAAAUGUCAUUGAUUUCGUUGCUGUCGUCUACCAGAAGGAGGACACGAGGAGGAUAACGACGUUAUUAGGAAUCGAGAGAUCAAGAAAAAUCGAUAUCGAAUUGAUUCGUAUAUAAAUAUAUACACGAACACACACAGACACACAUAUACUUUUAUAUAAGUAAUUACGGAACUCACGUUAUUCCGGCCGCGAGUGUGCGACGCUCGCGUGUGCAGAUGAGGCCACGAUCGAUCUGCGAAAGGGUGGCGGAGGAGUAUCGCGACGAAGAGUAUCGUCACGGGUACUACGAGAAUCGGUGCUUCUGACAACCGAUCGAGCGGAGGGACAGACAGACGGUAGUGUGCCACAACAGUCGCGGUGCUUGCGAAUACUCGAUGGAUGAGUUCCAUCCAUUCAUUGAGGCCCUCCUACCAUUCGUGAAGUCUUUCUCGUACACGUGGUUUAAUCUACAAGCCGCCAAGAGGCGUUACUAUAAGAAACACGAGAAACGGAUGAGUCUUGAAGAGGAACGUCAGUGUAAGGAGGAACUUCAGAACGAAAAGCUGGAGGUGAAACAGAAAUGGGCCUCGCGGCUUUUGGGAAAGUUACGAAAGGAUAUUACGCAAGAGUACAGAGAAGAUUUCGUACUAAGUAUCACGGGGAAGAGGCCAGCCAUGUGUGUCCUUAGCAAUCCUGAUCAAAAAGGCAAAAUGAGGAGGAUCGACUGUUUGAGGCAAGCCGAUAAGGUAUGGCGAUUGGACCUGGUAAUGGUGAUUCUCUUCAAAGCAAUUCCGUUGGAGUCGACGGACGGGGAACGGCUUGAGAAGACCGCGGAAUGCGCUCAGCCGGGCCUCUGCGUCAACCCCUAUCACAUCAACGUCUCCGUCCGGGAACUCGAUCUCUACCUCGCCAAUUUUAUCACCAGUCACGAGGUCCUAAAUGGCAUCUGCAAUGCAAGCAAAGAAGAGGAAAGGCGGCGAAAAGGUGCAGGAUACCACGAACUUUAUAACGGUGUCGUGUGCAAUGACACGAUCCUCGCGACAGGUGUCUUCAGCUCGAAGGAGCUCUGGAUGCUUUCAAAAGCGUCCAUACUGCAUGACCUCAGCGACAUGCAGCCUCAAAUAAACGCGAUCAAAAUAGAGCACCCGCCGUACUACUGCAGCAGCUACACCCCUCCAUCCGCAGCCACGGCCGCGGAUCAUACUCAGCCUGCGGCUAGCUUCAGUCCACCACCGGUACAUCAACUGAUAAGAAACGACAAGACUGAAAAAGCUCCAACGGUCUCGGUUUCGAGUGCGGCGACAUUCUCGCCAGUUCUCAGGCCAGAAGAUGGUCAUCGUGGAAUGGAUUCGCCUCAUUCGCAGACGGGAUUGCAUUCACCCCAUGAAGGAAUGGCCGGUGGAUCCGGUCAGAGUAUGUCCGGUCUCGCUUACUAUCAACCUGAACAUCCUGCCUCAACGGGAGUGGUCAAGUAUCCAGAAAAUGGUCACGAUACCCUUUCGGAUUUCGUGACGUUCGUUUGUCAAGAAGCUGAAAAUACGCAGCAACUACCCCAGGCGCAGCUAGCGGGACCGCGUACUGGCAUACAAAAGUUCUCACAGUAUUAUCCGAGCUCGAUGUUACCGCCACCACCACCGGCUCCAAUGGCGAGACCGGUUGCGAUCAUCAGGUCGACGGGUGAGUUGACUGGUACGAGCGCAAAUUCACCGCCAACUUCCUCAACAUCUCCGACGGAUCCGAGCGAGCUUGGACCCAAUCAACAGGAACAGAUGGCAGCAGCGGCGGCGGUCGGCUUAGUCAGUUCGGCCUGUCAGAACUCCGUCGACCCGGCCGGUAGAAAAAGUCCCACGAGAAUCCUUGUCACAGCACCUCACACCAGCAGGGAAUACACGUUCGCCCAUUUUCACUCCCAACCAGGACAGCAAAUCUUUACGUAUCCCACUAUCAGUUCGAUGUCAGGGGUAAUAUCUCCAACGAAUCUCUCACUCUUUUCGUCUCCGGUUUCGGUGACGAGACCAGUAGCCACACAAAGGUCGGUCUCAAAUGUACCACCACGCUGGAAUACAACACCAUUUAUCAACCUGGAGGAUGAUUAUAAUAUGAUAGCACCUAUCAUUGCGGGGACAACCAGUGAGCCACCGCCGACGAUGGAUGAAGAUCGCUACUUCCAUCCGGUUCAUACGAGCAGCGUCGUGGACAAAAGUGGUACUGGUAAUCUCAUGGGAACCGACUUAGGCGUGGCUACCGAUCCCACGUCACAUCACCAUCAACAACAACAACAACAACAACAACAACAACAACAGCAACAGCAGCAGCAGCAACAGCAGCAGCAACAGCAACAACAGCAACAACAGCAGCAAGUGAUGCAAGACAAAAGCGGUAGACCCAAGUCUCCCCCGUGACACUGGGGUCUUCGACCGGAAAGUCUCGCGACUUCAGCGGCGCCAUGUUACACGGGGUCGUUACUCACUCCCAUCCACGAUAAUAGUAACCAUUUAUAUCACUCCGAUAACGAGGGUGAACAUUCGGAUUCCUCAUGUCGCGUCCAACGUCGCGACUUGAGUUUCCGGAGAAUUGAGUGCCUGAGAGUCUGAACGUACUAUAAUUUGAUGUAAGCGUAAAGACCGUCGAUUACCCUUCGUACGUCGAACGUACGUUCGAAAUUUGAUUCCUCGAACGGACGUGAGUAAAAACCUCCUUUCUCUCUUCUCCUUUUCUUUUACGCUAUAACCUCAUAAAAAAAAGAAAAAAAAUACGGAACAAAAAAUCAAAUGAUGUCUCCUUCUCCUCGCUAUUCUAGUUCUCCUUACUUUCUCUUCCGUUUUUAUUUUCUGUUUCUUUUUGAAUAUCUUUCGCAUAACUUUCCAUAAUCCAAUCGAUCUCACUUCGCGAUACGAAAGGAUUCUAGCGGAGAUUCACUUUCAACGUGCCAAUUAUGAUGAGGGAGGAAGGAAAAAAGGUAGGGAUUGAUUGGUGAUACCGAUUCAAGAUUCUAUUUGUUCUUUGUCAUGUUUUCCUUUUCUAUUUUCAAACGGUCUGCCAAUUACGACGAUGACGAUUAUAACGACGAUCGAUUGAUUAAUCUAAAAUAAUUACGUUAACGCUCAGACCUAAUGCUAAAUAUAUCUGCUAGUGGAAAAAAAAUAAUAACGAAGGACUAGCGCGUGCUAGUUACCAGAAGAUGCUAGUUAAAAACAAAGUGAAUAUUUCAUAUUUCAUUACUCGAACUCG